CCGAUAACCAGUUGACAAGGAGGCUUCCAAAUUAGGCCACCCGCUUUAUUUCACGCUCUCACAGGAAUCAAAUUCUGUUUCUAAAGAAAGCUCACGCACGUUACAUGAGCUUAAAAAAAGGCAGCCUCAGUUUCGGUGAAAGAAAGCUGAGCUUGUUCUUGCAAGGGCUGAUACAUGUUCCUUUAUUGCAUCCGAAGCUCUCUUUUUGAGAGAGAAAGAAGGGCUUGUUUUGCUAGCUAGAGUUUAGACACGUCUUUUUUUAAGAGAAAGAGCUUACUUGAUUUGAUAAAAGUUCCUUCAAGUGCACGUCCCCAUCAACUUCUCUUUCUUCAUAUCAAACUUUUCUUCUGGGCAUCUCUUAGAAAAAAAAAAAAGGCAUCUGGGUUAUUGUGAAUCAGCAAAAAUGCAAUUUUUUCUGCUCAAGAGUUUUGUUUUGAUGGAGAAAUGGGAUGCGGGUUUUGAUUAUGGGGUGUGUGGAAGGUGCUCAGGGGUUUAGUUUCUAGCUGGCUUCGGAGAUGAAACAGAAGGGUACCUCAGAUUUGGCUGGUAAAGUAGUGGUGGUGGCUGUUAAAGCAGCAAGGGACAUCCCAAGGACUGCUCUCGUCUGGGCUUUGACUCAUGUCGUCCAGCCUGGGGAUUGCAUUAAGCUGCUGGUGGUUAUUCCUGCCCUCUCCUCAAGUAAAAAGAUAUGGGGGAUUUCAAGAUUUACCAGUGAUUGCACCACUGGUCAUUGGAAGUCUCUCUCAGAAACAAGUUUAGAUCAAAAACAAGAUAUUGCAGAUUCAUGCUCGCAAAUGAUUUUUCAGUUACAAGAUGUUUAUGACCCAGAGAAGGUCAAGGUCAGGGUAAAAAUUGUUCCUGGAUCACCGUAUGGGAUAGUGGCUGCUGAAGCCAAGAAAGCUCAAUCAAACUGGGUUAUAUUGGAUAAAAGAUUAAAACAUGAGAAGAAACACUGCCUGGAAGAGCUGCAAUGCAAUCUUGUGGUCAUGAAACGAUCUCAGCCAAAGGUUCUGCGAUUGAAUUUGGUUGGAUCACCUAACAUGGCACCUGAAGUGGCUUGGCCAUUAUCAUUUGAGUCAGAAGCAUAUCCUAAACAUAAGAAAAGCAAGCAUGACCGGUUAGAUGAAAUUAGGGGGCCAUUUGUGACUCCUGUGAGCAGUCCAGAUCAUGAAUCGUCUUUGACUACUACAGAUGUUGGAACUUCAUCAAUAUCAAGCUCAGAUCCUGGGGCCUCACCAUUUUUCCUCCCCGGAUUAUAUGAGAGUUUGAAGAAGGAGUAUUCAUUUAUAACUGAAGAAAGCCAAAAUCUGUUUGAAUCUGAUUCGGGCUCUGACAGUGAGAUAGAUCCUCCUAAAACAAGAUUAUUUUUCGAGCCAGGGACAGCUGACAUUCGCAGUUCUGUCACUGACUCUAAGCAUCUUGGCAAGGGUUUUCAGAGACUGAACGAUUCAUCUCUAACUUCAACAUAUAGUGUUUUGUUGGAGAAAUUAUCUACAUUGAAUCGAGAACCUGAUGUCGGGGUCCUUAAUUAUAGGCUUGAUCUGAAGGUGAGCAAAAGUGUGAGGGAAGCUAUCUCACUGUCAAGAAAUACUCCUCCUGGACCACCUCCAUUAUGUUCAAUAUGUCAGCACAAGGCCCCUGUGUUUGGGCACCCUCCUAGGUGGUUCACUUAUGCUGAAUUGGAACAUGCUACAAAUGGCUUUUCACAAUCGAAUUUCUUGGCUGAAGGUGGAUUUGGCUCUGUUCAUAGAGGGAUCUUACCAGAUGGUCAGGCGAUUGCUGUAAAGCAACAUAAGUUGGCUAGUUCUCAAGGUGAUCUAGAAUUUUGCUCAGAAGUUGAGGUUUUAAGUUGUGCCCAGCACCGUAAUGUUGUGAUGCUGAUUGGGUUCUGCAUCGAGAAUGGAAAAAGAUUGCUAGUUUAUGAGUACAUUUGCAAUGGGUCUCUGGAUUCUCAUCUUUAUGGACAUAAUCGUAAUGCGUUGCAAUGGUCUGCACGGAAAAAGAUUGCUGUUGGAGCAGCUAGAGGAUUGAGAUAUCUUCAUGAAGAAUGCAGAGUUGGUUGUAUAGUACACCGUGAUUUGCGGCCUAACAAUAUCCUUCUCACCCAUGAUUUUGAACCUUUAGUUGGGGAUUUUGGGUUGGCAAGGUGGCAGCCAGAUGGAGACAGGGGAGUGGAAACUAGAGUAAUUGGAACAUUCGGGUAUUUAGCUCCAGAAUAUGCGCAAAGUGGCCAAAUUACUGAAAAAGCUGAUGUCUACUCCUUUGGGGUGGUAUUGGUAGAGCUCAUUACUGGACGAAAAGCUAUGGACAUAAAUCGGCCCAAGGGACAGCAGUGCCUCACAGAAUGGGCACGCCCUUUACUAGAAAGUCAUGCCAUACAGGAACUUGUUGACCCCCGCUUGGGGAACUGCUACACAGAGCAAGAUGUUUAUGGCAUGCUGCAAUGUGCUUCCUUGUGCAUCAGGCGGGAUCCUCAUUCAAGGCCUCGCAUGUCUCAGGUGCUACGGAUGUUGGAGGGGGAUGUCAUCACAAAUUGGACUGUCCAUACAUAAAUUUCUGGGCAUCUUCAAAACAGCUGCGGAGCUGCUGAAGCAGGUAGACUGAAUAUCAGCAGAAGCAAUACCUACCAUUGUGUAAUCCGAUCUUGACCAAGGCAGAAAGAUAUUGAUAGCUACACUGCACAGAGAGUAGAUAGGCAGCUCACUCUGGAAAGAGUGAAGAAGGCCUGAGGGCUAAGGCGAAUAUAAUUUGGAAACAGUGUCACCCUUUGUUAUUAACUGAGGUGAAUUAUGGUAUAGAUUCAUAUGGUCAUGCUCAUACAGCUGUAAAAUUGAGUGGACAUUUUGUAAAUUAUAUCAUUUUUCUCCUUACACCCAUUUUUUUUUUUUUUUGGAGUUGAACCAUGGUUUUAUAGCGUUCUUCUGCCUUUUGUUUCCAUUAAAUCAUGUCAAUCGGUGACAUGCCGAUUUCGUUAGUAUGUUUUCAUUGUCAGUCUGUAUUAUGUAAGCUCAACAACUACUAUUUUUUUUUCUUUAAAGAAAAUUGAGGGAGCUUGCUUACCGUUCAAUUCUAUUA